CAGGAAAUACGCGGUAAUAAACCCAAGUUUAACCCGGUGGUUCAUUUUUUUGACUCAACCGAUUUUUUUCGAUUAUAUUUACCCUCUCCUACUGGGCUCCGCCCCCUUUUCUCUUUACUUCUUCCUCUGAUGAUUUCCACUGCAACUACCAUUGCCACCACGGCAGUCCUUGCGCUGACUCCUGUUGCUGCAUUUGCUGCGUAUCUCGUCGCCUUUGAUGCUGAUGCUCGUAAGAAAUUGAAGCAAUUGAACUUGCCAAGCCCUGACAUCAAAACUAUGUUCUUUAUCGGCCAAAUGAGAGAAGAAUCCUUCUUUUAUCAUGUGAGGGAUCUGCAAGCAGAGAUGCGCCGUGUAUUCAAGCUCCAUACACCCGUCGGACCAAUGGUUGUCACAACCGACCCUGAGGAUUUCAAGAAGGUGUAUCUUCAAGUGAAUUUAGAUAAAGGCGGAGCUAACGAUGAGGUUCGACGUUACUGGGGAGCGAAUAACUUGGUGACACUCCAACAUGCAGGAUCGCACGGCCACAUUUGGAAAACACAGAGAAAUUUGUUAGAUCAAGGAUUCAAGAUCCCCGCUCUCAAAGUACUUCAGAGCACCUUUGUUCGCCACACUGAAAAAUUUGUUGCCAAUAUGGAGAAUUAUGUGGACAAGGAGGUGGAUAUGACAGAAUUGUUUGCGGAUUUCACAUUUGAUAUCAUCGCCGAUGUGAUUGGUGCCGGCGAAGCACCAAAGGAAUUCAAGAAGAGCAUGAACUACUUGAUCCGAAAACUGGAGAACCCUCUGCUUCUCGUCCCUAUGGGAGGUUAUUUUAUGCGCUAUGUCGCCUACCGCCAGGCAAAUAUCAUUGUCGAUAAGUUUAUCUACAAAGCUAUUCGUGACCGCAAGCAGGCUCGGGCCUCCGGUUCAAUGGAUAGUGAGGAGCACAAAACCAUCUUGGAUUUCUUGCUUGAUGCUGAGGAUGACAAUGGAAGAAAGCUCACUGAUAAUGAAAUUAGAGACCAACUGUAUGUUUUCUUCUUGGCUGGUUUUGAGACCUCAUCCAAUACCCUCAGCUUUAUGACACUCGAACUCGCCCGCCACAAGGAUGUACAACAGCGUGUUAUCGAUGAAGUCAAGUCAGUUCCUGGCCCUAUCCAAUAUGAUCAAGCCCGAAAACUUGAAUUCGUCAAUCAAUGCAUCAACGAAAGCUUGCGAAUGUAUCCUCCAGCGAGUAACUUGACUCGCGAGACCUCAUCCGACUUUGUCUUGCCAUCCUCCCCCGAUACCGUUAUUCCCAAGGGAGUGCAAAUUACCGUGUUUUUGUAUGGUAUGCACCGUGAUCCUCGCUACUGGGAUCAACCCGAGGAGUAUAUGCCUGAUCGUUGGUCACAACCACUCAAGGUUGCUGGUUCGUUUGCUCCUUUCUCCAUGGGAUCUCGUAUCUGCAUUGGUCGAAACUUUGCCCUCGCUGAAAUCGCCACUUUGAUUCACGGUAUUUUCAGCAAGUAUCGUUUUGAACUCAAGGACAAUGUAGAGCAGAAUGGUGAAAUCGACGGUCGUACUGGUCUUCUACGACCAUUCAAAGUCGUUGGCUAUGUCCGCAAGCAAGAUUAACUUUCUUCCUUUGUGCGAUACUAGCUUAGAAUUGUGUGAUAUAUACUUCCAUCACUUUUUAAAAUACCAAAGACAUUCACCAUAUCAUCAUUAUUAUUAUUUCCUUUCAAAUUUUAUUCUCU